AUGCAAGCACAUCUUAAUAACAAUUGUUUGGAAGCACCAAAAAAUGCUAAAACAAAUUCUAAAUCUCAAAAAAAAAUUCAAACAAAUACAUUAAUACUUUAUACUUCUACUAGUUCACAUACUUCAAAAUGGUUAAAAACUAUACCAAUUAAAAAUUUUUUAGAUCAUAUAGAUGAAGAAAAACAAAAAUCUCUUGAAUUUAUAUUAACACAAGCCUUGUUUGCAACAGGAGUAUCAUUUUCUUUUCUUAAAAAUCCUUAUAUGAUUAAAUUUUUUCAACAUAUUCGCCCUGUAUUUAAAUUACCAAAUUGGAAAAAGCUUGCAAAUGAAUUAGUAGAUAAGAAAAAUAAUAAAUAUAAUUCAAAAUAUUUCAUGCAAUUUUCUGACAAGAUUCAAACUUGUAUUGAGGCAUGGUGGAAUUAUGUUUAUUAUAUAAUUAUAAUGGUUGCUUAUAUGCUUGAUCCGCGAUUUUUAGAAGAAAGCAGAAUUUAUAAUAUAGAGGCUAUAGAAUAUAAUAUAUUUACAACAUUUACAAAUCAAAAAUUUGAACAAGAAAAGUCUGUAGAAUUGUUUAUUGAAAUUAUUAAAUUUCAAAACAAAAGUUUUCCAUAUAAUAAUAAUAUUAUUUGGGAAUCUGCAACUAUACUUAAUCCAGACAGUAGCCUUAAACAACUAGCAAUUAAAGUUCUUAAAAUUCCAACUUCCUCUGCUGCAGCCGAACAGAACUUUUCUACAUUUGGCUUUAUUCACAGUAAACUUCGUAAUCGUUUAAAUAACAAUCAAGUUAAAAAACUAGUUUAUAUCUAUGAGAAUCUUCAGAUACAUGUUGAAAAACCAGUAAACAACAAGACUAACAUUAGAAUUAAUAAUAACAAGACAAAUCAAGAAAUUAAUCAAGAAAUUUAUAACGAAGAUAACGAAGUAGAAGAUAUAAUUUACACAGAAGGAAUUUGUGAAAGUAUCGAAGAAAUUGAACAAAUUUAUUCAUCGGAUAUUGAUAAUAUUUCAAUGAUGGAAUUGGAAUUAUUGAAUAACUAUUAA